UUCUGCACAUCAGACCACUGUCAUACAACACAACAGACCAGCAGCAUCUGUCAGCUCCAAGUUUACAAAAUGCUGCUGAACCACACCAACCAAACAGAGGAGGACCUGUUCUCGUGCUACAGCCCCUCGGUGGUAGGAUACCGGUACUUUGCUGUGGUGUGGGGGUGUCUGGUGACCAUCAUUGGCACUGUGGGGAACCUGAUGACUGUUCUAGCCUUCAUCUCAGACACACGACUGAGGACUCGUUUCAAUCUGCUGAUCGUAAACCUGGCUGUGGCUGAUCUCCUGUACUGCACCAUCCUUCAGCCCAUCUCAGUCGACUCCUACCUGCACCUCCGAUGGCGCAGUGGUACACUGUGGUGCAGCACCUUUGGCUUUCUCCUCUUCCUCUCCAACUCAGUCUCCAUCAUCACCCUGUGCCUGCUGGCGGCAGGCCGAUACCUGCUGGUGGCAAAGAGGGCCGUGUUCGACCGGGUCUUCUCUGAUCGUGGCAUCGUUUUACUCCUGAUCUCAGCAUGGGUGAUAGGUCUGACCAGCUUUGGCCCACUUUGGCCUGUUUUUGUAUUUGUGCCACAGGUGUGCACAUGUAGCUUCCAUCGCACCAGAGGCCGCCCCUACAGCACCAUCCUGCUCUUCUUCUACUUUUUUGUUGGACUGGGCUGCGUUGGCGUGUUCUACCUCCUCAUUUACAGACGUGUUAGGAUCGCAUCUCAGGCUCUGCUCCGCUACAGGCUCAGCCGCCGGUCGUCCAGGAAGAAACCAGCUUUGACUCAUGGCACAGAUGACAGCGGCGUGGAGAGUGGUAUGGUCAACACAUGCAGCUGUGACAUGAGCAGCCAAGUGGGACAGGCUCAAAACAAAGAUGAGAUCUCCUGUGAUAAUUCUUCACAGUCAAAUCAGGGUGUCUCCAAGUCCAUAAAUUCAUCAACAACCAACAAGCCUCACCCUGACGUUGUCUCUUCAACUCCUACAUCUGCACCAUCUUCAUCCCCCUCUGCAGCUCCAGGAGACACUAGCGAGUUCAAACGUGUCACACGCAUGUGUUUCACUGUUUUCCUGUGUUUUGUUUUCUGCUUCAUGCCCUUUAUUUUCAUCAACAUAGCUGACAAACAGAACCGUGCCCCACAGGUUCUGCACAUGUUCUGUGCAAAUCUCACCUGGCUCAACAGCUGCAUUAACCCUGUGCUCUACGCUGUAAUGAAUCGACAGUUUCGACAGGCCUACCAUGUGCUGCUCACCAAGGCCGCCACGCCCUUCACCUGCUGGCGGCCACGCUGAGCUCCAAACUUCCUGCUACAGAAAUUCACCAGCCAUUUCUUCCUAUAAACAAUGUAUGACAAUAAAGGACGCAGUACAGCCUUCAUUCAGCUACUGUCAACCACUCCGAUGGUUUUCUGUGUAAGGACAUUGGCCAGAGAAAGACAAGGGAAUAAAAUAGAAUAUGUGGCAAAAAAAAAUGUUAAGGUAUCAAUAAAAGUCAGAUCUUUUCAGGUGAAGGCUGAUUUUAGGCCACAAGUGAAAGUGAAAUAAACCAGAUGUUUGUCACUUUAAAUCACUCACAAAAGAUGCAACAAGAUGAAAGUAAUGCAAGAGACUGUUAUUUGCAAAAAUCUGAAUAUUUCACAAAAUGUUCAACAUGAAAAUAUACAAGAGUAAAUUUAAGUACAAAAAAACACUGAAAUAUUUGGAAGUGUUUUAAGAAAAAUGCACACCACAGCCAAUAUAAUGAUUACGAUCCAAAAAAUAUCUUAGUAACAGUAAUUCUCAUUUUAUUGCACAGCCUUAAAAUAAAGGUAGAGGUUGAUGUUCAGUCUGGUGAUAAAAAAUGGUCAUAUUUAUUUAGAUGAUAAUAUAUGUGUAUUACAUUUCACUUUUAGUGCAUUAAACUGCUUCUUUUACACAAUGAUACAUUGCAAUAUUUAUAAGAUGUUUUUGUAUGUUUAGUUAUAUAUGUUUGUUAAAAUUGUGUGUUUUGUUUAAUAACUUCAUGUGCAAUUGUACUGCAAUAUGUCAAUAAUAUGUAUGUAUGUACAGAACAAGUAAAUAGAUUAGUAAAUAAAUAGCAGAUUCUCUUUUAUAUAUCCUG